CCACGGCAGGAGCCGACUCACAGAGAAAACAUGAAUACGCUUGCGUGCUUAGUAUUAUUUGUUAUUUGCCUCGGCCGGAUGGCCUCCAGUGACAAGAUCCUCAACUGUUACUGGGGCACCUGGGCCAACUAUCGUCCUGGAGAUGGCAAGUUCGAGCCCUCGAACAUCGAUCCAUUCCUGUGCACCCACAUUAGCUACACGUUCUUUGGCAUCAGCGACUCGGGCGAAUUCAAGUCCCUGGACACAUGGCUCGAUAUGGACGAUGGCCUAGGCUUUAUAAGCAAGACAAUCGCACUGAAGCAACGGAAUCCCAAACUCAAAAUAUUGGCAGUUGUGGGUGGAUGGAACGAAGGCUCCACCAAGUAUUCGGCCAUGGCUGCUGAUCCAGCCAAGCGAGCGACCUUUGUAGCCUCCACAUUGGCAUUCAUUCGGCAACAUGGCUUUGAUGGACUCGACUUGGACUGGGAAUAUCCUGGACAACGCGGAGGAAGUUCAGCAGAUCGGGCGAACUUCGUAACGCUUCUACGCGAAAUUAAAGAAGCAUUCGAUCCUCACGGCCUCGAGCUGGGCAUCGCUGUGGGAGCUUCUGAGGCGUCUGCCGCCAUUUCCUACGAUAUUCCUGCAAUUUCUGAGCAUCUGACAUUUAUUAAUGUUAUGACCUACGACUUCCACAUGGCAAUGGAUGGUUACCUGGGAUUUAAUGCUCCAUAUCCAGAAGUGGAGAAGUCCAUCGAUUACUGGCUGAUGUUUGAUGGAGAGAGCAAGUCGCCUUAUGCAUUCAGUGGGGAUCAGUGGAUUGACUACGACAAUGUCCAGAGCAUCGAACUCAAGAUGCAAUUGGUGCACUCACGAAAUUUGGGCGGCGCCAUGACUUGGGCCAUCGAUAUCGACGACUUCCGCGGGAUGUGCGGCGAAACGUAUCCGCUAUUGAAGGCAAUGAACAGGGAAUUAGGAGUGGAUGUGGGCAACGAAGGAGGCAGUGCUGAACCUACACUUAAGCCAACAACGACUGCGACUUCAACGGCAGCUCCAAUUUCGACUAGAACUCCAACUUCGACCCCUACUCAGACUCCAACUGCAGCUCCAACUCUAACUCCGACUGCAACUGCAACUACGACUCCGCUUUGGACUCCGACUGCAACUCUGCCACCGGAAGCGACUGAGAGCUGUGCAAGAAAUGGUUUCUUUAUGCAAAAAGGCGACUGCAAUCGAUUCUUCAGGUGUGUGAAUGGAGCUCGCUACAACUUUACUUGCCCGUCAGGUUUAUACUUCGAUAUUAAGACGAAUAUCUGUAAUUGGCCUUCAUUAGUCAACUGUCCAUAUUAAUUG